UUCCGCCUUCCAGCUAUGGUCGUUAACGCCCGUCCCCACAAGAGAAUGAAGAGACGUGUCACGGCUGAUCUCUUCGACUUCCUCUCCUUCCCUUCUUCUUCCUCCAUGUCCGCCGCCGUCGCCGCCCAUGAUUCCGACCACGACCAUCUCUUCACCGGCCCCUUCCGGAACAACGUCCGCACCUUCCUCUCCAAGCACGCCCUCCUCCCCCCGCCCUCUUCCUUGUUCCCUCACCUUCUCACCUGGCAGAUCCUCUUCCGCGUCGGCGACCUCGGCCUCCACGGCCUCGACUCUCAACCUGCCCUUGUUUAUCUCGAUAUCGUCGAGGAAGACGUCGCCAGAUCCAGAUCCCUCUACUGCGACCAGUGCCGUGUUGUUGGGUGGAGUGCACAUCCUGUGUGCGCCAAACGGUACCAUUUCAUAAUAAAGGCUAAUGGAAGCUCCAUUGGAGGUUAUCAUAAGCCAUGUAUGUGCUGUGGAGACGUCUUGCAUCUCUCCGAGUCCAAAUGCAAGUCGUGCAACCAUGUAACGAGUGCAGAUGAUGUAGAAGAUUGGGUGUACCAGCAGUUGGAGAACAAUACCCAUCUCUUACAUGCUGUGGUUCACUCCAAUGGUUAUGGCCACCUACUCAGGGUCAAUGGAAGAGAGGGUGGCUCAAGCCACUUAUCUGGAUGCCAUAUCAUGAAUUUUUGGGAUCGAUUUUGUAAAAUGCUUGGAGUAAGAAAGGUGAGCGUGAUGGAUGUGUCCAAGAAGUAUGGGGUUGGGUACCGGCUGCUUCACGCCGUCACCAAAGGUCAUCCGUGGUAUGGCGAUUGGGGUUAUGAAUUUGGUGCUGGUAGUUUUGCUGUGACUCCUGAUGCCUACAAAAUGGCUGUUGAAACCCUCUCCACCCUCCCUUUGUCAAUCUUUACAUCUCAAGGACGUAAGCCCCGUUCUCAUCUGCAGGACAUAAUUUUGUAUUAUCAGUCUUUGUCAGAGCGCAAACUUGUAAACGUAAGAGAUCUCUUUAGGUUUCUGAUGAGCUUGAUUCAUAAUGUUCGCAAGUCAUCAACAUCCAUUAAUGAUGUAACGGAUGAGAAGCAGCCAUCAAGGGUCUUGUGCUCGUGGACAAGAAGCGACAUUACACGUGUCGAAGAAGCAAUGCUGAAAGUGCUGCAUGCUGUAUCUGGGUCGAAUUGGGUCACUUGGCGCACCCUUCGUGGUGCUGUGUGCAAAGCAGGCCCACCUGAACUGCUUGAUUAUUGCCUUAAGAAUCUUGGAGGAAAAAUAUCAUCUGAUGGGAUUGUUGUCAAUGCUCAACGCAAUCCUCUAUCAGGUGCUUUCGAAUACAGGCUCGAACCCGGCCGUGUUUCAUUGAAUACCGCUACUGAUUGUACUGAAUCAUCCAUCUCUAGCAACCCAUCUGAAGAGAAUCUUCUGUUGGACUUGAGGUUUUUGUACAAUGCCAUGCUUCAUCCACAUUCUAUGGUGAACUAUGGGCCCCAGCCAAGAAGGGCAGCAGCAGUGAGCUCGGCUGUGAAGCUCAUAGACUGCAAGCAGUUUGUAAAAGAUUAUAAGCCCGAGAAGCUGUCGACUAAGUUGAAUCCUUUCUCACUAUGUCUCUUGUGCGAGGUCGAAGUUGUGGACGACUCAAAAGACAAUUCCUCAAGGCCCCCUCCAGAGCUAGUUGUACUUCCAUCUAAUGCUACCAUGUCUGACCUGAAGCUAGAAGCAUCAAAAGCUUUCCAAGAUGUAUAUUUGAUGUUCAGAAGGUUUCAAGUAGAAGAGAUAGUCGACCAUGGGGGUGUAGAUGAUUCCACCCAGGUCAAGCUGUUGUUCGGACAAACCGAGUCGGUGCGUGUUAGAGGAAGAUGCCAAGUGAAGAUCGCGCUGAACAGGUUUCGAAUGGAGAGGGGGGUAGAAAGGUGGACAGUUGAAUGUAGUUGUGGAGCCAAGGAUGACGACGGGGAGAGAAUGCUAGCCUGCGACUUGUGUGGGGUUUGGCAACAUACAAGAUGCUCGGGGAUUCGAGACUCCGACACGGUCCCAGGGAAAUUUGUAUGUUAUAAAUGCAGAAGCUCCAUUGUUGCAAUGAAUAGCAAUGGGGAAACGGAGGCGGAUACAGUGUAGAGUAGAGGUUAUGUUAGUUGGGAACUGUAUUUUGUGUAUAUAGUUUUGGUUUCAGUUCUGUUUUUGUUGGGGCCUUGUGAAUGUGUACAGCUGAAGUUAGGCCAAAAUCUCUGAUUACAUUUGUUUCCUCGUUUUGUUAUUCUUGUACAUGUUCAUAGGAAAAAGGAUGAUGAGUUGAAAUGAAACUCGCUAACUUGUUUCUUAAGAAA